AUGGAUGACGCGCUACACGAGCUGCAUGGCCUACAUACUGUGAUAGAGACGAACAAAUCGACGCUUGCAAAGUACGUAGUUGCGCUCGAGUAUCGUCUCGAUGCUCGGUCUCACCUUCGAGGUAACGAGGAAACGAGUGCGACUGCUGCGUUGGCAUUGUCCCAGAAACGUCGCAGGAUCGAAACCCCAGCUGGAUGCUUCACUGUCACGGUCGGCUGCAGCGAUGGCUGGUGGAGCGUCCAGAUCAAAGACUCGGCUCUUCGGACACUUGUCAGUUCUGCAGUGCAUGAAUCGACGAUCGACUCACACGAGCCCAACGAGGACCGAGGUAAGCGCUUUACAGACAAGGUGCUCAACGCAUUUACACGACACAGCAUCAUGGUCGGCGUCAAGAAAUCCGCUCCGGCAGACGCUAGAUCUUGGACGUCAAUCCGACUUUACAUUGACGUGGAACAAGAUCCGAUCCAGCUAAGACUGGGACGUCUUGACGAGACAGUAGCCCUGGCUCGCAGUACAAACAUUGUACUGCACAACAUUCGUUAUGCUUCCACAAGCACAGCCAUUCACCAGCCAUUGUCUGAAGACGUCGUUUCCGACCGCACGUCCGCGUCGGAUCUGCAUCAACUACGACGCAAACUCGAAGCCAGCCAGCAAGCACUCCGGGAAGAGAGGCACAAAUACCGCUCGCUCCUUGCUGCGCCCUCUGCUGCAAAUGCGCGCGCAGGUCGGAGGCCAGUGGUAGGACUCGAUCCAUUGCCACAAAGUCGAUCGCAGAGUAUCCGAACAAUGUUUUCGCAGACUCCCUCAUCUCCCUCCACAAGUUCAAGGAGCACGUCAAAAUUGCCAAGCAGCAGCUCAGCAGGCGCAGCGUGGCCGAGCUCAGAUGACUUUUCGGCACCAUCACCCUCUCAACGCUCCAUGUCGCUGAUCAAUCCAACCAGAGUGAGGAGGGCCGACCCCAGUGAGAAUCAGGGCUUCGUAGAUGACCACCUUGAUGAUCUGUAG